AUGGCCUUUGCGUUGUCUGAGGAGCAGUUUCGGUGCAUCAUCUGUCUGGAUAUCUUCAACAACCCUGUCUCCACCCCAUGUGGGCACAACUUCUGCCGGGGAUGCAUCAAACGUUUCUGGGACACGAGAAGUAAGUCAGAGUGUCCGCUGUGCAAAGAGGCCUUCAAAACCCGUCCAGAACUCAGGAUCAACGUGGGAUUGAAAGACAUCACCGAGCUGUUUAAAAAGUCUCCAUCAUACAAGCCAGCCCCACCAAGGUCACUACGAAAGACUGGGCUUUCACCAAGACAAAUUUCCCAGGAGGAAGUUCCGUGUGACAUCUGCCAGGGAAACAGCAUAGUGGCGGUCAAGUCGUGCUUCAUGUGCCAGGUGUCUUACUGUGAGAUUCACCUGACUCCUCACCUUAGGGAUCCGGUGUUGACGAAACACAGGCUGACCGAUCCGGCCACCUUCGUCACCAGUCACCUCUGCAGAAUUCACAACAAGCCCCUGGAUAAGUUUUGCAAGGGGGAUCAGACACCCAUUUGUAUGAAAUGCAGAGAGGUUGACCACAAACACCACGACAUCGUCUCCAUAGAGAAGGAGAGCAAGAAGGUCAGGAUUCAGAUUCAGAAAAUUGAAGCAGACUUUCAUGAGAUGGUCCAGGCCAGACUCGGUAAAGUUGAAGAGAUCAAUACUACAGCACAGCAGAGAAAGGAAUCCUAA